GACGUCAGAAGACGCGCCUGAUCGAGGUUUGCCUGGAUUCUGCGGGCGGGAGUCCUGCCCCUUGGAGCUCAUGGUGCGCUGCGGGUGUGCGUUGUUGAGAAAGUAUGGAAAUUUCAUUGAUAACCUAAGAAUCUUCGCCAAGGGAGGAAGUGGUGGAAUGGGCUAUCCUCGUUUAGGUGGAGAAGGUGGAAGAGGUGGAGACGUCUGGGUUGUGGCCCGUAAAAAUAUGACCUUAAAACAACUUAAAAACAAAUAUCCUCAGAAACGGUUUGUGGCUGGAGGAGGAGCAAACAGUCGAGUGAGUGCACUGAAGGGCUCCAAGGGAAAGGACUGUGAAGUGCCGGCUCCUGUGGGUAUCUCAGUGACUGAUGAAAACGGCAAAGUGCUAGGGGAACUCAAUAAAGAAGAAGACAGAAUUCUGGUUGCUAAAGGUGGCCUUGGUGGUAAAUUACAUACAAAUUUCUUACCUUUGAAAGGCCAGAAGCGAAUUAUUCACCUUGACCUGAAAGUUAUAGCUGACGUAGGCCUAGUAGGAUUCCCAAAUGCUGGAAAAUCCUCCUUACUAAGUCGGGUUUCCCAUGCAACGCCUGUGAUUGCAGAUUAUCCAUUUACAACACUAAGGCCUGAACUUGGAAAGAUUAUGUACAAUGAUUUUAAACAGAUUUCAGUAGCUGAUCUCCCAGGUUUGAUAGAAGGAGCACAUAUGAACAAAGGCAUGGGCCACAAGUUCCUCAAGCAUUUAGAGAGAACCAGACAACUGCUUUUUGUUGUUGAUAUAUCUGGAUUUCAGCUUUCUUCUGUAACUCGGUAUAGAACUGCCUUUGAAACUAUAAUUCUUCUUAUAAAAGAGUUGGAGUUAUACAAAGAAGAACUACAGACAAAACCUGCACUCUUGGCAGUUAAUAAGAUGGACCUGCCGGAUGCCCAGGUUAAACUUCAUGAACUGAUGAAGCAGCUCCAGAGCCCCGAAGAAUUUCUGCAUUUGUUUGAAAGAAAGAUGAUUCCAGAGAAGGCUGUGGAGUUCCAGCAUAUCAUUCCCAUCUCAACAGUUACUGGAGAAGGGAUUGAAGAGUUGAAGAGCUGUAUAAGAAAAGCACUGGAUGAACAGGAUGACAAAGAAAAUAAUGUGCAUCACAGCAAACAGUUGCUUACUCUGCAGAGCUCCAGUUCAGCGCCUUAGACUGAGCCACCUCAGAGUGUGCUGCUGCUGUCUGCAGAAAAGACAGCAGUUAAACCUAGUCUGGCGUAUUGACAGAAUGCUAUGUGGUUCUAAGGAAUCAGAAAAUCAUGUUGAAAACACAGAUGAACCUGCAGUGUGGUAUGAUCAAAGAAGCUAGGCAGGCACAGCAAGACAGAUAUCAAUGAUCUCACACGUGGAAUCUGAAAAAAAAAAUUGAACUGAUUGAAAUAAUGAAGACGGUAAUUAUUUGUGGUAUAAAAAGGAGCUAGAAGAUUAAGAGAUGUUGGAUACAUUAAGGAUACAAAGUUUCAGUUAAGCUUUACAGACAACCUGUUGUGUACCUUGUUUAUAGAACAAUGAAUCAUAUUUUGAAAAUUUGUAAGAAAGUAGGUUUUAAGUGUUCUAACUAUAAAAAAUUUUGAGAGAAAUCUCUUUUAAAGUAGAUUGACCUUGUAUUUCUAAACAUGCUGUGUAUAAUAAAGAUGCAUGUAUAAUUUUGUAUCAAUUAAAAAUAGUAUUGAAAUUACAUUAAUUUGAAA